AUGAAACUAGAGGCAUACUAUGAGCUAUAUUUUAGAGAAGAAGCAAGAGGUAAAAUGAAGAGCUCCAUUCCACCUCUCCACCGCAGCUCCAAGGUGUUAGAAGAAGAACAAAGAGAAAGGCCUGCUAUGGCUGCAGAGAGAAACCCCGCCGCAAAGUCCAGUGCCACGGCGGCACAACCAAGGAUGGACAGAAAGAAAUCGGAAGACAUAAACGAAAGCGCGGAAGCAUUUAUAAAUAAAUUUAGGCAACAGCUGAUGAUUCAGAGGCUCGAGUCCAUAGAGAAUUAUGAGAAAAUGCUAGCAAGAGGGACAUAG